CGGGCUUCGCGUUGUUUUCCGCUCUCCGCUGGCUGGGCUGCUCAGCUGUAUGGCUGUUGAAGCCUGUGAUUGCUAGGGUAGCUGCAGGUUCGCGGGACCAGCCUGGCCGAGCUGCGCGAAAGAAAUGGUCCCCGCCCCGCCGCUUGCUGGUUAAAGAGAAGCCGCCCUGGCUGGGUGGCAGGCCAGCCGCGGCACGGGGCGCGGGCCGGUGGGGGCGUAUCGUCCUCCCGUGCUGCUGCUGAAUGUCGGCUCCAGAGGAUGAGGAGAGGCUCCUGCCGCUCGCCCAGAGAUGGCCCCGCGCAAGCAAGUUUCUCCUGUCCGGCUGCGCAGCCACCGUGGCCGAGCUAGCAACCUUUCCCCUCGAUCUCACAAAAACUCGACUCCAAAUACAAGGAGAAGCUGCCCUCGCUCGGCUGGGACAUGGUGCAAGAGAGGCUGCUCCCUAUCGGGGCAUGGUGCGUACAGCCCUAGGGAUUGUCCAAGAGGAGGGCUUUCUGAAGCUCUGGCAAGGAGUGACACCUGCCAUUUACAGACACAUAGUGUACUCUGGAGGUCGAAUGGUCACUUAUGAACAUCUCCGUGAAGUUGUGUUUGGCAAGGGUGAAGAUAAGCAUUAUCCCCUUUGGAAAUCAGUGAUUGGAGGGAUGAUGGCUGGUGUUGUUGGCCAAUUUCUGGCCAACCCGACUGACCUAGUGAAGGUUCAGAUGCAAAUGGAAGGGAAAAGGAAACUCGAAGGAAAGCCGUUGCGAUUUCGUGGUGUGCAUCAUGCAUUUGCCAAAAUCUUAGCUGAAGGAGGAGUACGUGGGCUUUGGGCAGGCUGGGUACCCAAUAUCCAAAGAGCAGCGCUGGUGAAUAUGGGAGAUUUAACAACUUAUGAUACAGUGAAACAUUACUUGGUAUUGAAUACACCCCUUGAGGACAAUAUCAUGACUCAUGGCUUGUCAAGUUUAUGUUCUGGACUGGUAGCUUCUAUUCUGGGAACGCCUGCUGAUGUCAUCAAAAGCCGAAUAAUGAAUCAACCGCGAGAUAAACAAGGAAGGGGCCUUCUGUAUAAAUCAUCGACUGACUGCUUGGUUCAGGCUGUCCAAGGAGAAGGAUUCAUGAGUCUCUAUAAAGGCUUUCUACCAUCUUGGCUGCGAAUGACCCCUUGGUCACUGGUGUUCUGGCUUACUUAUGAAAAAAUCAGAGAGAUGAGUGGAGUCAGUCCAUUUUAAGCCCUUAAAGAUACAGUGUUGAGUAUCAUUGAAAUACGGGCGUCUGCAACACCCCCCCCCAUUAUUUCUACCUCUUUAGGAAGACACCUUACUCCACAGAGACUAUGAUUUCUAGGGGGCAGCACUCUAUUUUUAAUCUGGAAACCCAAGUUCUCUUUGACUCCUCUUUUUGUUCAAAAGCAAUCUGAUUGGAUCACACAAGGCCACCCAACGCAACCCAGCACCGUGUUCUCUAAAGAAGAAUCAAAUCCUGCCCACUUAGCUUGAGUGAGAAGAUUUGACCUUCAAGAUGCUAUUCUGUGCCCAAGAGAGAGUGCCAGAAGGGAAACAGCAUCCCAGACCUGAAGUAGACCAUAGGAAUGUGGAAAAUACAUACACCCAUAUGUAGUGACCAUAUUCAAUCUGUCAUGUCCAUACUGAGGGGUUGAAAUUUGAUUAAUUCACUUUCCUGUUGUCAUGAAAGUGCACAUACUGUAAAUUAAAGGGAGGUGAAUGAAUAAAUAUUUUGAGUUUCCCUAGUUGUGAAGGAAGCCGAUAUACUUUUCUUGCCAGGAGAAUAAGGCUCGAGUUGAGAUGAUGUUUGGAUCUCAAGGGGAAAAGUCAUUCUCUUUUGUUUUCUUUCUGUGCCCCAUCAUCAGUGGAUCUGUGGUAACUGGCUAGCAUGCCACUGCACAUGCUCAGGACUGCCCACCAGCCACAGACGAAAACCAAGAAGAGUGUUUGCUUUGCCACACAUCCCGUGCCAGCUCGAAUUUGUCGCUCGCGCUCAAGAAUCGCAGUAUGUGCAAGAUGCCGUGUAUCUGAAUAAGGCUCAGGUGGAUAAGUCCUUUUAUUAUCAGGAAAUAUCUGUUAUCAUCAGCCUCUCAGCGGCAUUUUAAAAGCAAGGCUGGGAUGAAGCCCACCACUUCUGAUGAACAUCUUUUCUUAAUGUCCCCUGCCAUAACCCCAAGAGCCCUAGACAGACAAAACCCAGAAACCACCCCAUAGCUGUCUCUAGCCUGAAUCUUAACUCAAUUUGACAGAGCUUCCUGCCUAAGAAGUGAUCAGCAUAAACUGCCCAUGGUAUAUCCAGUUAUGUCUCCAGUCACCGAAUCGAAUCCCUCUGCUUAGAAAUGUGAUGGAGUCCUUUAGGUUCACCACCUGUUCCCCCAGCCUCAGACAGUGGGCAUUGCUGGGUGGAUGGUCACCGUGAAUGGCUAGAGGCUGCCACUGUCAAUGUAGGAAAACCCCAGACACUCAGAUCCAAGAAAGAACUGGGAGCUGACCGAACAGAAUGGACCGUGGCCAUGGAAAAACGUUUACAAGGGCUCUGCGGUGGCACUAAUGUAUAAUCACUGCCAUUUAAGAGGGAAAGAAUACAUUAACAUAUAUUUUAAUGUGGCAUACUAAUAUGCAGUGGCUUGUUUUUUUUUUUUUUUAGCAGAAUUUGCACACUGUGGAGUUUAAUCUCUUAAAAUCUUCAGGUGGUCUCCUUUUCCAUUGCAUUCGUCCAUCUGUACGAAUUGAGUUGUUAAAUAUAUUAAAAAUAAUAUUAUGUAUUUAAGUGCUCAAGUGUUCUGUAUUAGAACAACUUUAGGAAAUUUGUCUUUCUGUGUGUAUUUUAUAAUUUUUUUAAUCAAGUAAACAUUGGAUCAGAAUAAUUAUAUGCACACCGGCCCAUGGAAAACAAAUUACUUCGCUUUGUUCUUUGAGGAGCUUGAGGUGAAAGUAUUGCUUAUGUACUGAGACUGUUCUUUGGUAUCUGGAUUCAACGUGAAUGACUGGAAUCUUUUACCCUGAAAUGACUGUUAGGAUCAUCUGGUUUUUCUCUUUCGUUUUCUAGGUUAGGAAAUUGAGGUGUAGAGGAAGAGAGUUGUUCCUGCUCAUAAGUUACUUCCUAGCAGAGCCAGGAUACAAAUACAGAUCUCCUAAGAAUUAUUACAACUGGCAGUUACUGUACACUGGUUAGGUUCUGAGUUAUGCUACUUAUGUUAUCUUCACAACACCUCAGGCCAGUGUUCUUGAAUCUUCCAAUAACAGAUGUUUCUUUAUGGCACUUUUGGUCUUGUACAUUUCCAAUGACUUUGAAGUGCCUUUAGUAUACAUUUUAGAAUGGAGUCACCAUGCUUUAGCUCAAGCAUUAAGACCUCCCAGAAUCCAAGCAAGUCCUGUAUAUCCAACAUAUAUCCCAUCACAUUCAUGCUUUUCCAGUGAAAUAAUAUUCAUUAAUGUAUCCUAAUAAUGCUUCACUUAAUUUUAUCACGUUGAAAUCAUCUUGUUCCUCUCCAAAAUAACCCUCAGUAAAUAAAAAGAAACAAAGUUUCUGUAAUUCUGUGUCCAUACUGAAAGACCUAACCACUUCAAUCCCACUGUCUUAUUAUAACACACCUGUAUGUGGUAAUUAUCUUCAGUUCAGUUUUGCUAAUAUUUCCCAUCUAAGUUUCCUUUUCUUAGCUUCCACGUUUUUCUCUUCCCCAAUGUUUUUUUUUUUUUUCCUCACUGAAAAAUAUACAUGUUCUUAGGUUUAAUUGUUCUUUAUAGGUGUAAGUGAAUUAGCAUAUGUAUCCAAAUAAAGAGAUACCAUUUCUUAAAUUUGCUUUUAGUGAGGAAUAAUGUGUCUUUAUCAAGUGUUCCAAAUCCUAUUUGAUUAUAAGCCACUAGUGGUAGGACUAUUUCUCAUUUUUAUAUAAACCUCUACUCUCAUUAGUAGCAUUUCUUUGCUAUGAAGUACUCAGCAAAAGUCACAUAUAGUGUGAACCAAUUAAUUUUGUCUUCAUUAUUUUAAGAUCUGUGACAAUCAUAAGACCAGUCUGAAAUUUCUUUCAUUUUGCCAAGAAAAAAGGAAGGAAACAAAUUCAAGGAGAUUUUAUAUGUUAAAAAAAAAUUGCUUUUCUGUCAUCUUCAAAUUUUUAAGCAUAAGCACUUAUCUAUAGUUGAAUUAGUUAUGUACUUAAUGUUACUGAAAAUAGAGUCUGUUUAAUUUUAAUAUUUGGUGGUUUAAAAAUUGGGGGCAAAAGUAUUUGAUUCUCUUCUCCCCAAUUAAGCCAGAACUCUUUAAAAAUGAUUACCAAACCAAUAUCAUUAUUGAAUGCCGCAUAAGAAGCAAGGCUGAGCAUGGAUUCUAAAGACCUUUAUUCUGUUUUGGGUUCUAUAAAGUAAUAUAACUAUGGUCCAGACCCUUCACUUCUCUUAAUUUCCAUUUCUUCAUAAGAUGAAGUGAUUAAACUCUGGAAUCUGAGCUUGUAUAUACUUGAAGGGGGGGGCAAUAUAUUAAUGCCAUGUGAAAAAAAUUGGAUUUUAAAAAUAUUAGGAUUUUUUUCCCCCUGGAUUUAAUUAACUUCUCAUGGUUUAAGACGAGGAAAGGUUUAUUCAGGCCUUACAGUAGGAUACAGACUGUGGCUGCAAAUCCUUCCUUCACCUAGAAGUAUCCAGGUUACCCCACAUGUCUUUAAUGACUCCUGUACACACAUACACACGCACACACACACACACACACUUAAAAUCUCUAACCCUAUAUUCAAGAUUCUCUCAAUAUGACCCCAACACAUUUUUCUAAGCUUUGAUUUUCAUGGCGGAUCCACUCUCGACCUCCUUGCAAAUAUCCCCACCGGGAUAUCCCCGCUGGCCUCACUCAUUUCCCUGGAGAUGCUCUUCACUUGGCUGCUCGCCGGGCAGGUUCAUUCUGUGCUCUUCACCCAUCAUCCCUCCCGUCACUUUCAGCUUCGCCUUCACUAGGGAAGCCCCACUUUAACACCUAGAAUGACCUCUGAAGGCGCCAGCAUCUUCGACACCUCCAUGCUCCCAUUGCUUCCGCUACUGUGGAUGUCCAUCUGUCUGUCUGCCUGGACGUGGCCCUACCUCCCCUAAAUGAAUGAACUCUCGCAAGCAAGGACCACGUCAUACAUGUGUUUCUCUCUCAAACUUCAAAUAGGAGUCAGUUAGAAGGUAUUUGUUGAAUUCAGAGAUUUUUUGGGGUGGUGAGACAAAAGUGUCUUAUGCACACAUAAUUAAGUCAUAUGCUGUUUUCCUCCUACCUUCAGAAUAACUAGGUCAGGUCAGUAACACUUGAUUUCAUGGGAUUCCUUACCGUACGCAGCAUUUAACUGCAUUUCCACAAAAUCAUGUGUGUCUAAACCUGUGUAAUUAUAAUUUUAAAGGUCUCCCUGUCAGUUUCUCCCUGUCAUUUCUGCAAAAAUGUAGAACUGGAUAGUUUUAAAUAAUAUAAAAUAUUUGGUGAGUUGAAUAAUUAAGUACAUGGCAAGUUUAUAGUAUUCCUCAUUUUAGGGUAUGUAGUAAAAUUAUGCCACUGUUUAUAUGGUACCAUGCCAAUGUACAUUUUACCCACUUGAGUGUCUUAUUAUUUCUGAAUUCUGAGGAAUACGUGAUCAUUUUUCUCUCCCCACACUUUACCCCCCAACAGGCUGCUGUGAUUGUCAACAGCAGCAGGCUCCACUUUGAAGGUUUGAUAAAAGCAGAUGAAGAUGCUUAAAGAUGUCUGUUUGCUGAAAAUAUCUGGUAACAAACAGGAAUAUAUGUGAGUAAAUAGAGUGCAUUAUUCUGAUUUUUAAAAUAAAUGUUUUAAAACGCCUAA